AUUCCAGGUGUUUUAAACUACACAUACAUCCAUCCCAAAGGGGAUUAAGUCACGAGCAAAGCUGAAUGCAUGUCUCUUGCAGUAUUUUGUGCACUUGAGGCGACCUCGGCCUAGCUGUUGGUGAAAGCCUCGGGCUUUCCUUAGCUGCUUUCACCGGUCAGUGUCCUGCCUUAUGUUGUCAGUGAUAUACUGUGACAAAUAUACGUGUUGACAAAGAAGGAGCCAUGGCUUUUGAGGAGAUCAAGAGUAAAGGAGGAAUGGAUAUGGGGAUGGAUGGAGACAGGGGCCUUGUAGCUGGUCGUAGCCAGAGAGAGAAGAGGCGGUCAUACAAGGACCUACUAAGGGAGGAAGAGGAGAUUGCUGCUGAGGUCCGGAAGUCUUCCAAGAAACGGCCCAAGGAUUCAGAACUUUUCAUGCUUGGAGGGGACUCGCACAAAAAGAAGAAGAAACAUAGUGAUGAGUACUAUUACAGAGACCAUGACGGUUCAGGUCCACCUCCCCAUAAGAAAAAGCACAAGUCUGCAGAUCGCUCCCCUCCUCUGUCAUCUCCCUCAUCUUCACACCCAACAGAUACGGCAAUGGGCCUCUUGCAGGCCAUCACCUCUCCGCUGGCCACAGGUUCGGACCCCAGUACACAUUUGCACAAGAAGCCCUCUUACCCCUCCUUCUCCUCACACUCUUCCAAGGACCGCAAACGCGAGAGCAGCAGCAGUGGCGGUUCGAGCAAAGGGAGCCACUCCUUUUCUCACUCCCGCCCUUUGUCUUCAUCAUCAUCUUCCUCCAAAAAGCACUCCUCCUCUUCCUCAAAGUCGUCUCUAUUUCACGGUGGGGCUCCCAAAGAGGAACCCUUGACGUUACGUGAGGCUGAUGGGCUGAAAAUGAAGCUCAUCAUGUCUCCAGAGAAGGAAGAAGCGGAGAGUUUGCCAUUCACGUCUCACUCAUCUAAAGGAGGGGUAAAAAAGGAGAAGGAUAGAGACAGACUGCAGCUCUCCAAGUCGCCCAAGAAGAAACUACAGCAGAGUCGAGAUCCGCUGCCUGUAGUGGGGAAAGAGGUGGAGGUGGAAGGGCAUUAUGGAGGCGGCAUGGGAGAUGAUAGCUCGUCAUCUGGGGGUGAACUGGAGGCUGGUGAACUUGUUAUAGACGAUUCGUACACACAUCUGUCAAAAAAGAAGAAGAAGAGCAAAAAAAGCAAGAAGAAAAAGGACAAAGAAAAAGACAGAGACAAGGAUAAAAGUGGGAAGGACAAGAAGCACAGCAAAGGAUUUGGAGACUCAUCAAGGAGCCACAGCCACUCCCACCCCACUGUCACUCACAGCGCUGUUGGUCCAAUGUAUGCCAUGGGCACACCCGUCCCUCCACACCACCAUCAAGGCAACGAUGGGUCUAUAGAGAAGAAGAAGAAGAAAGAGGAUAAAGACCGGGAAAAGCACGAGAAGGAAAAAGACAAGCCCAAGAAGAAGAACACAUCAGCGUAUCAGGUGUUUUGUAAGGAGUACAGAGUCAACAUAAAUGCAGAACAGCCAGGACUAGUGUUUGGAGAGCUAAGCAAAAAGUUAGCGGAGGUGUGGAAGGCGAUGCCUGAGAAAGACAAAUUAGUUUGGAGGCAGAAAGCUCAGUAUCUGCAGCACAAACAGAACAAAGCUGAGGCCACCACAGUCAAACACAAGAGCACCAGUGAGAGCAAAAGCAAAGUUGUAGGAACAGGGACAGGCAUGGUGUCACCGAACAGAGCGCCCAGCACCGUGUCCCUGUCCCCUGCUCGUGUCCCAGAUGUAGAUCCCAUUGAUGCAGCAGCUCACCUGCAGCUCCUGGGCGAGUCCCUGUCCCUGAUUGGACAUCGACUGCAGGAAACGGAGGGAAUGGUGGCGGUGUCCGGGAGUCUGUCUGUACUUCUGGACUCCAUUUUGUGUGCGCUGGGACCACUGACCUGUCUGACAGCACAGAUACCACAGUUAAACGGAUGUCCUCGAAACGUCCUGUCAAAUACGUUGGACAACAUUGCCUACAUCAUGCCUGGACUGUGAGUGAAGGAUGAUAAUGGACAUGGAGGGGUUUAGCAUCAGGACUGACCAUUGAACUUUAAUUUAAGCCGCUGCUUGGCAUCUGAAAACUUGGAUAUUUCUGGUGUCGACCUGUUUUUAAAGUAUUUUUAGAAAACGUUGUUCUCUUAAUUUUCUAAUUGUUAUAUUUUUAAAUGAAACGUUUUACUGAACACAUUAAUCUGUCUUGGCAUGUCAACUUAGUUUUUACUGUUACUGCACAGUUUACUGUUUUAUGAAUGAGUGUAUGCUUGUGUGUACUACACUGAAUGUCUGUGUGCGGGUCUGGCUGUUGGGCUGGGGGGGUGUGAGACUGUUCACUAUUCCAUACAUGUCCACAUAUUUGACUUUUCUACUGGAAUGUACAGGAACACGCAAGUCAUUGACUUGCCAUCACCAUACAACAGAACAUAAUGUAUUUGAAACCUGUGUAGUUUUUCUUUUACCAUGUAAAAAGUGCUGUCAUGCCUUGCUGUUUUAUACAUUUGAUAUUCUGCUGUGCACACAGUGUUUGGAUUUUGACUUUACUGUAGAAUUUCAAAAGUGAUCAGAAACAUGUUUAGGUGAAACCUUAUUCAGGAGCUGUCCAAACAAAUCAUUGUCAGACAUUUAACAAAAUGGCAACAUUAAAAUAUAAUCUGUUCCCUAA